GCGGGACGCGCCGGUCUGGGUGGCAUUGCAGGGCAUUGCUCUUCCUCUUCCCUCUCCACCUCUCUCGCCCUUCGCCUCCCCUCCCCCUUGUACUCCUUUUGUAUUGGGCAUCUUGACCGGCUCACCUCUCGGGCCGCGGGAAAAAGACCGAAACGCAUGACUACCAUCCGUCCCUUCCGGGCUGAGGAUCUGUUUGAGACCAACCUCAUCAACCUGGACCAUCUGACGGAGAAUUACAAUGUGUCCUUCUACUUCACAUACCUGGCCUCUUGGCCGGAGCUUUUCACGGCUGCGGUCAGCUCGGACAAUACCAUGAUGGCUUAUGUUAUGGGCAAGGUCGAGGGCAAGGGUACCCUGUGGCAUGGCCAUGUCACGGCCAUCACGGUGGCGCCCAUUUACCGUCGACUUGGUUUGGCUGCCAGCCUCAUGCACUCGUUGGAGGAGAUUUCCGAGAAAUUCCACGACACCUACUUUGUGGAUUUAUUCGUGCGGACAACCAACGCCGUGGCUAUCAACAUGUAUAAGAAGCUGGGGUACACCAUCUAUCGCCGGGUGAUCGGAUACUACUCGAAGUCGGACGAUGCCUAUGAUAUGCGCCGGGCGUGUGCGCGCGAUCCCAAGGGCUUGUCAGUGAUCCCCAUGACGCGGCCGGUCUACCCGCACGAAAUCAAUUUCGACUAAGAUCCAGGCGCCCCCUGUGCCCUGGGGAGCCCCCCACAAUGCACCGAGAGCAUCUCCCCCCUCCUCGUCUGUCUUACCUGUCCCUGGCAGGGAUACUUCCUCGGCUGUGACGAACGAUGCAAGCUCGCAUGUAUGUAUGUAUGUGUGUGUGU